UUGUUCAAACACCCCUGUAUCUAUGUACGUCUUUCUAUGAAAGUACUGUAGCAUUAUUGCUCACUGAGACUUGGCAGUCAUUUUUCCAUGGCACAAAACUCGUUUGUUUCAUUCUUGAUGAAGUCGAUCGUGGUCGAACUAAAAGACUGCCUAAUUUUUUGUUAAUAGUAUGUUUGAAGAGAUUAGAUAUAUAGCAUUCAUUCGGAAGUAAUGAACCAAAACAUAAUAAAGAAAAAAGAAACCUGAUCUAACAUAUUCUCAGGUGCUCAGAUAUCAAUUUCUCUAUUCCUCCUGCCGGCGGUUCUUGAAGUCGACUGUGUGUCAUGGAUGCGGUGACCGGACCUGUUGUGGAGUUCGUCCUUCAGACCGGGGUUCAAUCGAUUGUGCGUCAGGUUGGUUAUGUUAUUAAUUACAAGAAAAUUCUUGAGAGUUUUGAAAGAAAAGUUAAUAGUCUAGAUGAUAUAAAAGACGACAUACAAAAAAGUGUCACUGCCGCAAAGAGAAAUCUUGACCCAAUCAAAAGAGUUGUGGAGACUUGGCUUGAAACGGUGGAGAAGGAAACUGUACAAGAUGAGAUGAUGGUGGCACUAAAAGAUUUCAUCCAUGGCCGGGACACAAAAAUAUUCAAUCAUGAUAGAGGCUUCAACUGUUGUUGUCUCGCUCGCCAUAAAAUUGGCAGACAAGCACAAAAGAAGAUUCUCAUUAUUGAUGAACUUUCAGCUGAAGGGAGAACCUACAUCGAUGUUACGAAUCCGUGUUCUACUGUGGUUUCUGAGAUAAUUCAUGGAGAUAUGAUUGCGCUUGAUUCACAAGAGCACACUCGGGACCAAGUCAUGGCCGCAUUGAAGGAUGAUAAAACCUACUCAGUUGGGAUAUACGGAAUACUUGGGGUAGGCAAGACUACUUUGAUAAAACAGGUUUACAAACAAGUGCACGAAGAAAAUCUUUUUGACGUAGUUGUUACAAUAAAUGUUUCAGAGGAUGUCAACUUGAGAAAGAUUCAAGAUGACAUUGCACAUAAACUCGGUUUGAAAAAGCUUCAGAAGCUUGAUGACAAAUCCCAAAGAGCAUCGCUGUUAGCGAAGCGACUGAAGCAAGAGCAAACGGUGCUUAUAAUAUUCGAUGAUGUCCGCACGGCAGAUCUAGAUUUAAUCGAUGAUGUGGGUAUCCCUUAUGGUGAAGAUCACCAUAAAGGUUGCAAGGUUUUAAUCUCUUCAAGAAGCUUUGAAGUGUGUAAAUCCAUGUUGAUUCAGAAAAAUAUUGAAGUUAACGUCUUAUCAGAAGAAGAUUCGUGGCAAUUAUUCAAGAAGAAAGCCGGUGAAGCGGCAGAUACUCCUGCUCUUCGAAAAGUGGCUAAAGAAGUUGUCAAAGCAUGUGGUUUCCUGCCUUUAACAAUUGAUACAGUUGGCAGGGAACUAAGGAAUAACAAAGACAAGGGAGUUUGGGAGUAUAAAGCUAGUGAACUGAGAAGCUGCUCAAAUUUCCCAGAUAUUGAUACCAAUCAAGCCAAUGCUAUUAAUUUUUGUGUUUCUACUAUUCAUGAAUGUUUAUUGUUACUAUAUCUUAUGUAUUUGGAACAAUCAAAAGCAUGUGAUUGGAUUCAUUUUCAAAUUAUUGUGUUUGUGAAAUGUUUAGUAAUAACAAGUGUGGCUGAUCAUCCACAAAGAUCAGCUCACUCAAUACCUGGUUCAGAAAACAUGGCCGAAUCACUGAUUGUUGCACCUGUAGUGAAAAUUGCAGUCGAGACAGGGAUUCAAGCGUCUGCACAUCAGAUCAGUUAUGUUAUCAACUACAAGAAAAAUGUGAAAAACCUGGCGACAAAAGUCAAGUAUCUCAAAGAUUUGAAAGCAGAUUUGCAGGACCGCGUCACUGAAGCUAUAAAUAAUCUCGACUCGGUUAAAAGAGUAGUAGAGACUUGGCUUGAGAGGGUGAAGAUUGAAACCGAGCAAGAUGAUAUUAUGACCGAGUUGAUGAGUUUCGCCAACGGUCAACAUGCUCAACUCUUUAAUUACGGAAAGCGUCACAGAAUCGGUAGAGAAUCACAAAAGAAGAUUGUUAUCGUUGAUGAGCUUAUUAAUGAAGGGAGAAGCUUUAUUGAUGUUUCAAAUCCAUCUUCUGUUUCAGCUGCAGAAGUAUUUAUUGGAAAUAUUGUGGCUUUUGCAUCACGAGAAGGUAGUCAAAACCAAGUCAUGGCCGCAUUAAAGGACGACGGAAUUCACUCAGUCGGGAUAUAUGGAAUGGGAGGGGUCGGCAAGACUACUCUGAUGAAACUGGUACACGAACAAGUACUGGAAGAGAAAGUUUUCGAUGUGGUUGUAACGGUAACCGUUACACAGAAUGUCAACUUGAGAAACAUUCAAAAUGACAUUGCUCAGCAGUUGGACUUCCACAAACUCGAUGAAGUAAAUGACGAAUCUAUAAGAGCCACAAUGCUAUCUAGGCGAUUGAAGCAAGAGAAUAAGAUACUUGUGAUCUUCGAUGAUGUGUGGAAGACGGAUCUAAAUUUGUUUAGUGCCGCAGGUAUCUCUUACGGAGAAAAUCACAAGACUGGCUGCAAAAUUUUAAUCACUACGAGAAGCCUUGAAGUGUGUAAUUCGUUGCUGAUUCAGAAAAGUACUGAGGUUGGUCUCUUAUCAGACGAUGAAUCAUGGCAUCUAUUCAAGACGAAAGCCGGUGAUGUGGUGGAUUCUCCUGACAUACAAACAGUAGCUAAAGAGAUUGUCAAAGAAUGCGGUCGCUUGCCCCUAGCACUCGAUACACUUGGUAGGGCAUUGAGAAAUAACAACGACAAGCUUGCUUGGGACAAUACAGUUAGUCGACUAAAAAGCUCGGAUUUCGCAGAUAUUGGAGGAAUGAAAUCCAAAGUCCAUUCCUCAAUAAAGUUGAGUUAUGAUUUCUUGGGGAACGACAUACUCAAAAAUUGCUUCUUACUUUGUUGUUUGUUCCCAGAGGAUUUUGCAGUCCAUAUAGAUCAUUUGCUGUUCUAUGCAAUGGGUGACAAAACAGUACAUGGAGAUAAAAAUACUAUGAAGGAAGUGAGGGCCAGAUUACAUGCAGCCUUAUACAGACUUGUUGCAUUGGGUUUAUUGGUACGUGAUAAGGAAUUUUCAGAUAAAACAUUUUCAGCAAAGAUGCAUGACAUUGUACGUGAUGUAGCCAUAUCAAUUGCAUCUGGAGAGGGCAGUUGGUUCUUCGUAAAAGCAGGGUUGGGUUUGCAGAACUGGCCAGGGGCAGAAGUCUUGUCAGAUCGUAAAUGCUCACGACUAUCACUAACUCGUAAUAACAUUACUGUGCUCCCAAGCCAACCAGAACUACCUCAUCUCUUAAGCUUAUCUUUGCGACAAAAUAGUUCCUUGGAGAAGGUCCCUAGCAUGUUUUUCGAAAACAUGAACACGCUGCAAUCUCUAGAUAUUAGUCUAACUAGUAUUUCAUCACUGCCUUCAUCAUUUUCAUCCCUCGUCAAUCUUCACUCACUCGAUAUGGGUUCUUGUAAAUUCCACAGUCAAUUAGAUAUAUCUGUACUGGGGGGACUGAAGAAACUCGAAAUUCUUAGUGUUGCAGGUUUGGGAUUAUCGACUAGCUUGCCCGAAGAAAUAGGGGGGUUGUCUCAUUUGAAGUGGUUAGAUCUAUCAAAUAAUAGUGGACUUACAGUUCCACCAAAUAUCAUAUCAAGACUGACUUGCAUGGAAUUCUUGAACAUGGAGGGCAGCUUCAGCGGGUGGGAGGUUGGAGGAAUCAGAAACGAAAGUUGCAAACUUGCAAAUCUAGAUGAGAUGGCGUCCUUGACUAGCUUAUACCGUGUAGCAUUUCAGGCAAGAUGGGCCGCUGGAUGCGUCGACAUGUUUCAAGGUCCCAGUGGAGCAUAUAGAAGGCAUGUCUCACCGUAUAAUGUGUCUGCAAAACUCGCGAGAUCGCAUUUUAGCUAUGUAUCUCAAUGUUGUCAUCUCAGCGGGACAUCUCCAUUCUGCAACUCAGUCAAAGUUUUGGUGGGAAAAUCAGAAAAACUAGAGUUACGAAAAUGUUCUAAUCUCAAGAACGUGGUACAACUGGCUACAAGCAGUAGCGGAUGUGGGUUUAAUAACCUGAAGCAUCUUGAAGUAGAAGAUUGCAAUGAGAUGGAAUGUGUUCUUAGUGCGGUAGACGAGGACAUCCCUACAGACGCAUUCGCUGAAUUGGAGAUAAUAAUCUUGAAGUCUUUGGGAAGCUUGAAGGAGAUAUUUCACGGCCCCAUGCCAGCAGAAUUUUCAUUCGAGAAUAUAAAACGCGUAAGGCUAUACAGUUGCCCGUAUUUAGCUUGCAUAUUUUCUUUUGAUGCGUUGUUGAAGUUAAAGUAUCUGGAAGAACUCUUGGUGGAUGGUUCUAAGAGGUUGAAGGAAGUAUUUUCUUUAGAACAAGAACGGGAUCUUGCCUUAUUACCUCAAUUACGGUUGUUGCUGUUGUUUCAUCUCGGAAUCACCACUAUAUGGAAGGGAAUUUUCAGUUCUAAUAUCAGUAACCUUGCAAACUUGAGUAUAAUAAAAGUGAUUGAUUGUCAUGAGUUGAGGUACUUGUUCAGCCCUGCUAUUGUGACUGCUCUUCAACAAUUGGAGGUACUUCAGAUUCGUGAAUGUAGCAGCUUGGUGACAGUAGUAGCAUCAACGGAUGAAUUAACGCAAGGGGAAGACAACCAAAUUAUGAAUAAUCUCCAAACAUUAUUCAAUCUGAGGAUGCUGAAGAUCGAAUACUGUAACAGUUUGAAGUUUCUCUACUCGCCAUUAACAGACAUAAAAGAAAACCAACAAGUAGACGAAUAUGGUUAUGAAUGUGAUGAUGCUUAUAAUGAUAACGAUGACAGUAAAGUUUUGGUUCUCAAAUGUUUGGGUAUCAAAAAAGUUUGGGGCGGAGGCAUUCCUAUUCAAAGCUUUAGGAAUGUCACAAAGGCAAGCUUCACAUGCUGUGGAUGGUUGAAGCAGCUGAUCCCUAUACAAGUCUUGCUAAGCGGUGGUCUAUCACAACUCCAAAAACUUUACAUAGAAGACUGCCAGCGUCUAGAGGAGAUCUUUUAUGUUGAUGAUACUACAACCAUAUAUGAUGAGCAAAAAUGCAUCCCAUUGUUUAGAAGCCUGGAGAGUCUAAGGUUAAUUGCUAUAGAGGAAUGUGAUAGCCUUAAGCACAUUUUACCAAUGAGACUACUUAUUCAAGGUGGGCUACCCAAACUAGAAGCAAUUGCAAUUUGUGAUUGUGCAACGAUAGAGGUGAUAAUUUAUGAAGACGUUGGCAUCAAUGAUAUGCAUGGAGACAAGACAUUCACAUCAACCAUAGAGGUGGAAGUACUCGCUACGUUAAGACUGCUAAAUCUAAUUCGCCUUCCAAAUCUUUCCGGUUUCCAUGAUCAACAUGGGAAAACACCACUAGUAUUUGGCUGGCCUUCAUUAGUAUACAUGUACGUGGUUAACUGUAAUCUAAAGAGGCUACCUUUGAGUCACAAGAAUGUUCCACCCAAACUGGAAAAGUUGCGGGGAGAUAGUCAAGCGGUGUUUGAGAAGUGGUUGAAGUUGGAAGAUGAGAGUAUAAAGUCAAGCCUACGACCCUUGUUUAAGGUUCAUGAUGGUCGUGAAGAGUAUAAGGAUUGGACAAAGGUGAGGCAGAGCGUGGAAUGACCUGUUUGGAGGAUGAAGACCCUAAUGUCACAAAACAACUCGGAGUCGAUGGAAAACCUGCUUCAAAAGCCAGUUUUUACCGCUUAUAAAAAUUUUGUUUUGUCAAUUAUUUUCUAGGAGUCCGCUUGGGUCAUGUUUGUGGCAUAAAUAUUUUUAUUUCUAACAUAGGUUCAAUAUUUUUAUUUUAAAAAUUUUGUUUUGUCAAUUAUUUUCUAGGAGUCCGCUUGGGUCGUGUUUGUGGCAUAAGGCCGGUUCCUAUGGCAAAUGGCUAAACCCUCCAUUUGUCAUGGAUUAUGGGAGAAAA